CUGGUGUUGUCACCCGUACGGAGUCGACGAAGUAUGGAGAGUCAAGCCAGCCAGAGCGGCGGUGUGCCACCCAUGCAUAUGUGGGCUGAAAUGCAUAACUUCUUCUCGAAACAAAUGGUGCUUAUGGCUACUCUUGUGCAGCAACAGCAGGCGUAUGCCCCACCGAGCCAAGAACUGAGGUCUGGAAGAGUGUGCUUGGGUGGAGCUGAUCCAGCAGACUUUCCGUUUUACCAAGCGGGAGAGGAUAUUUCAGAAUUCUUUUUAAUCUUUGAGCAAGCGUCUUUGGACCAGUCAUUAGAUAAAAAAUACUGGAUGAAAAUCCUACGCACUCAAGGAAAGGGAGAAUUAAGAAGUUUAAUGUGCAAACUCCCUCGAGAGUUAGCCGAUGAUUACGAGAACUUUGUAAAGUUGGCAACCGUGCAGUUCGCUCUAUCUACUAGAGCGUGUUACCAAAAGUUUGAGACUUUCCAGAAAAAGCCAAAAGAAACAUUCUCAGCAUUAAGCGCCCGUACUGCUCAAGCAAUGGAUUUGUGGAUUGCAGCUGCGAAAGCUAAUACUUUCGAGCAGUUAAGGACAGUGUAUACUCUUGAGAAAUUUUACAAGAUGCUGCUGAAAGAGCUUGCGGCUGCUGUGAGAGGAAAAAAACCAAAGAGCAUCCAGGAAGCAGGACAUCAUGCUGACGAACUUGACUCCUUUCAGGAUAAAGAUGAACCACCUAAGGCUUAUGUUAAAAAGCCGGGAAACGUCAAAGGUAGCCAGCAGGCAGGAGGAGGAAAUGAAUGGAAGAAAAAACCGUGGCCGCCUGUAGUCAAGUCGGAGGAGAGAGGAGAGAGCUCCGCUUCUGCCACCGCCGUUGCUUCAACAGCGCAUCCAACAGCUUACCAACCGAGUAAAGCAGUUUUGGAGAAUUUGUUUUUUAUGGAAGCAGCUGGGGCACAAAAAGGAUCAGUGUCCCCAAUUAAUUAAAAAGCCGAGUUCUGGAACCAACAAGGGAACUAAAGUAGCUGUGGUCCAGAGAGCCCGGGACUUCGAAGAACCUGGAGGGCAGUCGUCUCCAGAAAUUUCUCGUUGGUCUUCCUCAGCUUCCAGUUCAGAGAAUGACUGGGAAUUUUCGGUUCCUAGUGCUGAAAACAGCCCUGUCACCACAAAAAGCAGCGUUUUAAAAGCUCCUGCGGAAAUUAAAUUUAAUAACCCAAGUGGAUCCAUAUCCUUUGCCCAGGAUGGACCAUCUGAUUGAGAGAUUGGGAGCUGCUAAAUACAUCACCACUUUGGACUUAACCAAAGGUUACUGGCAAGUGCCCUUGGACGAAGAUGCUGUAUUGAAAUCUGCUUUUGUCACUCAUAUGGGCUUGUACCAGUUUAAAAUGAUGGGUUUUGGUUUAAGGAAUGCUCCUGGAACGUUUAUGAGUUUAAUAAAUUCUGUCUUAAAUGGUUUAGGGGAUUAUGCUUGUGCGUAUCUGGAUGAUAUAGCGGUUUAUAGUACUGACUGGGAUUCCCACGUGAAACAUUUAAGAACUGUAUUUCAAAGGCUGCAGGAUGCAGGUCUUACUAUCAAAGCUCAGAAGUGUCAAUUUGGGCUGGGAGAGGUUUCUUAUUUAGGCCAUAGAGUGGGUAGUGGCUGUCUGAAACCCCUGGAUGCUAAAAUCGAAGCAAUCUCUAAUUGGCCAGUGCCCCAGACUAAGAAACAAGUUCAGUCUUUUUUAGGACUUGCAGGUUACUAUAGGAGGUCGCCCCUCAUUUUAGUAGCAUUGCAACUCCCCUGACUGAUUUGUGUAAAAAGUGCAAACCUGCACGAGUUGUAUGGUCUGAAGAUUGCCAACAGGCCUUUGAGGCUUUGAAAACUGUACUAGUAAUUACCCUGUUCUGAAAGCUCCAGAUUUUGCUGAACCCUUUGUGGUACAGACUGAUGCUAGUAAUUUUGGCUUAGGUGCUCUGCUUUUACAAAAAGACACAGAUGGAGAAUUACACCCUGUAGCAUACCUCAGCAAGAAGUUAAUUCAGCGAGAGCACCAUCUGGCGACGAUAGAGAAGGAGUGUCUUGCUAUAGUUUGGGCCCUGGAGAAAUUAAGGCCUUAUCUUUGGGGGUGACACUUCCAACUACAAACAGAUCACUCUCCUUUAUGCUGGUUGUCUAGAAUGAAGAACUCUAACCAAAAAUUAUUGAGAUGGGCACUAUUAUUGCAAGAUUUCGAUUUUUCCAUAGAUUAUGUGGCUGGGAAAUUAAAUAAAACGGCCGAUGCCUUAUCUCGUAUGCAUAAUUUAGAUGAUUGAUGUAUGGUCCUGAUGACUUGUAACUGCUCCUGACUAUUCUUAUGCCUGAUGUUUUAAUAUGGUUUGUGUAACCCUGAUUUUAUGGUUUUUAUGACCUAUGCCUGUAUUUUGGACUAUGAGUUUGCUAAUGUCCUUUUAUGAUUUGAUAUAAUAAAGUAUGUAAGGUUUUAGAGGCUUAGGUUUGACCACUGUGGGGAAAUUAGGUUAUGGUUGUUGUUAAUUCCUGUUGUGGGUUUUUCCUUUUUUUUAUUAGCCUUCUUUCCCUUCGUAUUAACCAGAGGCGAUGAAACCAAAGGUGAUCAACCUUUGAUGUCAUCUUUUUUGAAAAGGGGGCGUGUCAUGCCAGCUUGCCAGCCUUACCCUGGCCUGCAGUUAAAAUGGCUAACUCCCAAAGCCUUAUGGGGAAUUUUUCCCCUUGACAUCUUCCUUGUUAUCUUCCUUGACAACUUCCUGCUAGCAAGCAGUUAAAUCUCUGAUGUUCUUUCAUCACUGUGACUUGGUAAUUUUUAUAACACAGCUGUACUCGCUUACAGUAAUUUUGCACCUUAUCAGCAGAAGGGGCCUGGUUCCGUCAAGGCCAUAAAACUCCUUGCUUUGUUAUGGGAAACCAAGAGGAGGCGCCAGGUGCUGUGGGAACAUUGUUUUUUCAUCCCUUUGAUGAAAAUGUUAAUUGGUUAAUUGUCUUUGGCUGGGAGGGAAUUUUCCUCCAUAAGAGGAGGCUCAGAAUUCUGGGUGUGUGUCCCACUUUGGAGCACCACCUUGCCUAUGGUGAUGUUCUGUUGUGGCUCCAUUUACAUCUUGAUUUGCAACUCCCUGAGGGGAAGAAGGCUAUCCAUUGAAAGAUCCUAUGCUGUUGUAAGUAUAGCUAAGGCAGAUAGCUUUGUUAUUUUGAUUUGUGCUAAGAAACUUUCCUUUACCUUUGUUACUAACCACUUUACCCAUUUGGGUGUAUGGUUUUAGGAUUCAAUUUGCUGCUACAAAUUAUUUGUGUGUACCUUUUUGCUUUUUGUAACCUCU